UCUCCUCUCCGGUCCGCCGGACGCCCUCUGGUAGCAUGAUCCGCACGUGCCGAGCGCUGCUUCCCCGCCCCGGCCGGCGCCUGCGCUCCGGGCCCGCGCGCCGCUGGGACCUGUCCGGCGACCUUAAGAAGACGGUGGCAAACUUCCAGAACCAGUUAAAAGAAAACGUCACAAGUCUCUUCAAGAACCCCUUCUUUGAUGAAAAACGCCCUCCUAUGCAGGCAGAGGUGGUCAUUGUUGGGGGAGGGGUGAUGGGCUGGUCCGUCGCCUACUGGUUGAAGGCACUGGAGCCUAGAAAAAAUACCCUGCGAGUGCUGGUGGUUGAGCGGGACACAACAUACUCCCGAGCUUCUACAGUGCUUUCAGUGGGAGGCAUUCGGCAACAGUUCUCGUUGCCAGAAAACGUCCAGAUGUCCCGCUACUCGGCAUACUUCCUGCGCACGAUCAACGUAUGUCAGGAACAUCUGGGAGUCGCAGACGAGCCAGCCAUUGAUAUUCAGUUUAACCCUUCGGGGUACCUCUUCCUGGCCACGGAGGAAAGAGCUGCCAUGCUGGAGGAGAACGUGAGCAUUCAGAGGGCUGAAGGAGCAGAGGUCAUCCUGUUGUCACCAACGCAGCUGAAGAAGAGGUUUCCAUGGUUGAAUACAGAUGGUGUGGCUCUGGCAUCCUAUGGCCUGAAAGAUGAGGGCUGGUUUGACCCGUGGUCUCUCCUCACUGCCUUCCGGAGAAAAGCAAUAUCCAUGGGCGUCCAUCACUGCUGUGGAGAAGUGACAUCUUUUACCACGGCCUUUUGCGACACAGUGACACCCACAGGGGAGGAGCUGAUGCUGUCCCGUAUUAAGUAUGCCCGUAUACAGAUGCCUGACAGUUUGGAGUACUGCCAAGUGGCAUGUGCAGUUGUGGUCAAUGCAGCAGGAGCCUGGUCCAGGAAGCUGACAGAAAUUGCAGAAGCUGAGACUAGCGUAUCAAAGAUCAAGCAAAUAUUUAAGCUACCGGUGGAGCCCAAGAAAAGGUACGUGUAUGUUUGGCACAGCCCAGAUGGGCCUGGCUUGAACUGUCCCAUGUUGAUUGACACUACGGGGGCCUAUUUCCGCCGAGAAGGUUUGGGAGGCAACUACGUGGGAGGCAUGAGCCCCACAGAGGACGAAGAGCCGGACAUUCAGGACUUGGAGGUAGAUCACAGAUUUUUUCAAGAGAAGGUUUGGCCCAAGCUGGCCCAUCGAGUUCCGGCAUUUGAGUCCCUGAAGGUGAAAGGCUCCUGGGCUGGCUAUUAUGACUACAACACGUUUGACCAGAAUGCUGUGCUGGGUCUUCACCCUACAGUGCUAAACAUGGUCUUUGUCACAGGGUUCAGUGGGCAUGGGCUGCAGCAGUCACCAGCAGCAGGCAGGGCUGUGGCUGAGCUCAUUCUGAAUAAAAAAUUUAAGACCAUCAACCUCAGCAGGUUCUCCGCCAACAGAUUCCUCUCUGGGGAGCCGGUUCUGGAGAGGAACAUUGUCUGACUUCCCCAGGGGGCUGAAACCAACCCUAAAGAUGGAGCCCUGGCCAAGGCAGGAAGAUCACGUUGCUCCGGCCAGAGACUGACAAGAUUCUACAGCAUGGCUAGCAGAAGCCCUUGGCCAGCCAUGGUGCUGGCAUGGGGGAGAGUGGAUUCUAAUUGACCUGUGGUUCCUGACUACACAGAGCACUGCCAAAAAGUCACACUUUAUGUUGCUAAACUGUCACUGUACCGAUAUGCUGCCUUCACUUCAGGGAACAGAACUGAAAUUCAUGUCUGCACGAUGCAGAGAUCAGGGUUGUUCCAGAGGUGAUGGACACAGCUGGUUCAUUUCUGAUGCACAGUGUUGCAUUGUCCCAUUGGCACAGCACAGUUGGGAUGGUUAGACUAUCCAACUCCUGAUUCAUGGUUAAAUCCCCUCCCUGCUUUGAGAUAAGCACUGGAGUGGCCAUUUGCUGGCAGUGGUUGCAACCCAGUUAGCAGCAUCUCAGAGCCAAGCACUGCAGCCCUUGUUCCUUAUUUAUGCAGCUGCCCAUCUCCACCCAGCAAAGCUUUCACCUGUACUGCUGAGGGAGCACCUAAGGAAGUUUGCUUAGGCAGAAGAACACUGCUGCUUUGCCUUCUAGGAGCAGCCCAUUCCAUCUGGUCAAGCUAGACAAGGAAGGCUCAGCUCUUCCCCGUGCUGUUCUAGAGCACUAAUAUGCACUGUUCUGUCCCUCACUCCCUUGCUCUGCACUCCCCUGCUGUAUUUCUCUGGGCUUAUCCCUGUUCUGGGAGCCACAGAGCACAGAUGGGUUUCUAGGCCCCCUCUAAUGGCAUUGCACACUGUAACCUGUCUGGACCCCCAUUCAUGCCCUGCAGGCCUGAGCUGAUGCUGCUGAAGCCUGUUAGUGUCCCAUAGGAGCCUUAGGGCACCUUAGCCCUGAUGUUCAGUCUCCUCACCAGCUCUCAGUCUCUCCCCAGCUCUGUGAUGCCUGUUCUCAUGGCUACUGGGCUUCAUAACACUGCUGCUCUGACUC